ACUAUCUAAAGAAUUGGCGAUAACGCUGCACUGCUUCACUGUGAAGGGGUGGUUACAGACCAAGUGAGGAAAUGUUUGCAUAAAUACUAUGUAGGCAGAUUCCCACCUAGAAAAAGCCGCUGUUUCUGCCAAAAUAUUCAGAAUCUCUCUGGCAUCCACCACAAGACAAUUGUCAGAUUUUAAUGGUCUGAUCAGGAAAGGCUUUUGCUUUCAUUUGGUGCCAGCAUAUUUUCCUAACAGUGAUGUGAGAGGUGACCAGAUGUGUUUGUUGACCAUGGAGAUGCCUAUGCAAGGAAUCUCUUUCCUUCUUCUUUGGCAGAGUGAAACCAGGAUUUCCACCACAGACAUAUUUCAGUGCCAUGUUCUUUCAGGUACGGAAAUAGUGAAGUGCUGGGAAUGACAUGAAUUUCUGAAGCCAUGUAGUCAAUUUCCCUACCAAAGUAGAAGAAUCAGACUGAAUGUAGCUGACUGAUCAUCAAAUCUCUCUUGGAAGUUGGAUGGCCAGCAUGGGUUUCCAGUGCAGCUUUUUGCAUGAAAUCAAAGGUGGAAGAGAAAAUCAAAUUUCGUAUUUGAAAAUAUCAAAACUAGCAUUGGCCUUUGCAAUUAUCCACUCCAAACCACCAGGGAAGAGUUCCAAAGAAUACACAGAGGACCUUGCCAGAACUGUAUCUGAACAAGAUUUUGGAUGGAAAUGGAAAGUGGAAGUGCUGGAAGCUGAAGUUCUUCAAUUACGACAGGAACUUCUUUUAAACAGGAUCUCUCCAAGAUUCUGCUUGGAAAAUAGAAAACGGGAUACCUCUGCUGAAACUAUUCUGGGUCAGGAAUCUGUAAACCCUACAAGUUACUCAAGCCAACUAGAAGACUCUGGAUGUGAUGUCUGUAAUGACUCUGCAUUUGAUUCUUUAGGCACAGCUUCAGAUUUUCACCAAUCUGAGCACAAUGUCAACACUUCUAAACAUUGGUUGGAAAGAGUUCCCCCACUGACUCUUUGCCAUACUAGCAAGGAGCAAUCUCUGACUGCUCCGGUGCAUUUUUUGCAACAUUUGCUUGAAAUAAGAAAACUGUCAGAAGGAGGAAUUCUUCAAGCAGACUUCUCAGAGCUUGAGAAUGAUUCCUUCACCAUAUGCAAUUCAGUGUCUCAGUUGCUUGACGGACUGACUGUUUUUUACAACAGUCCUAAAUUCCCAGCUCCAAGUUUCCUUAAUGAAGGAGUUUGUGUUUUGAUCAGUUUAAUAACUGAUACUAAAUUAUCGAAUCAUGUUUUGAAGAAGUGUUUCAAGAAGAUAGAAGAAUUUAAGAAAAAUCUAAUUCAAAUUAUUUUAAGAAAUAGGAGUGUCAAUAGGUUUCAGGCACUGCAUUCUGUAUCACAAACACUGGGUUUGCUAGGAAGGAACAGCAUACUAAGAAAUUCUUUAAUAUCCCUUCUCCUAUCGGAAGUCCGUCAGUUUGCUGAGCAGUUGUUGCAGGCUCACCAGGUCCAGUCUGUGUAUGACAUCCCCCAGUAUGAGAAUAUUUCUCUUUUGUGCAUGAUUCUGGAGCAACUUCUUCAAAAUGAGACAGAAGAAAGUAACAUUUCCAGCUCAGACUAUGGGGGAGAAGAAAAAAUCAAAUUUCUGAAGAACCUUGAUCAAGUUAUUCUUCAUCUCUCAGAUGAAUUCCCUUUGUUUUCUUUAUAUUUGUGGAGAGUGAGUGUUCUUUUGAACUCAGGUCAAAUGCAAAUUGAUUAAAACAAGCAGCCUACUUUUUAACCGUGCAUUUGUUGUGGGAGUGCAUUGGAAAAUUUUCAAGCCAGACAGUGAUAUUGUCCUUAUUGAAAAACACUUACUUCAAACUAUUAUUCUCUACAGCAGUUUUAGAGAUAAUGCAAUUUAUUUCCAAUUCUGAAUAUAGAAAAAAUGUAAUAAUCCAGGCACCAUUUUCAAUAAAUACUGUUUCUUGUAAUAGAAAACAGUGUGGUGGUGUUUGUGCACACAGUGAAAAUGAAACAAAGAAAGUUGUUUCAGAUGCUGUUUAAAAUAAACACUAUGAAUUUUAAAGUACAAUCAUAAUAUUUGUGUAGAGCUUACAAGUUAGGAGGCUAAUGCCUCUCCUUUAAGAGUUGUGUAGCUACUCUAUGAUUUAGAGACAUUAUCUGGUUGGUUGAAAUAAAAAUGUUUAUUUUAAACUUGAUAACUUAUCAGUAAAACAUCUUACGGGAAAGACUUGGUUACUGAUAAUCAAAUGAGUCAUUACUUGAGCAAAAUAAAAUCUGGUGCUCAGUUUCACAACUUUCUUACAUUCAUUGUAUACUGCUUGGCUUUACUUGUGUAUGCACAAGUUUAGGUACAAUAGGCCUAAUUCGCUCUUGUUUGAGUAAUGAUUUCAGAGAUUUAAUCUUAAAAAGGGUAACUCAUUUAAUAGUUAUUUUAGACCUUUCUGUUCAAAAUUAAUGAAUAUUGCUAAAAUCCCCUUUGGUAUAUUUACGUAUUAUCUGAUAUUUAAUGGGAUUUUUUUCUGUGUCAUGAUAUUAUAUUCAUAGUAAUAAUUAAAGUAACAUAUUUUAACAGAAAUUAUUUUAAAUGUCUUUAAAGUGUGAGCUCAACAAUAUGUUAACUGAACCAUAGUCUUUGAUAAAUCUAAAGAAAAAUUAUUAUAAUUAAUUGCUCUUUUUUCUGUUAGAUAAACAAGGUUUUAUUUUUAUUAUGUCUCCUAGAAAUGUAUAUUCACUAUAGAUACAAAAUAUUUUGAGCAUUAGUCCUUGUCCUUCCCCUUGAAAUUGUCAAUCAAUUUUUUGUCAGGAAAAUUCUCAGAAACACCAGUAUCUUGUUAAUUUGAAUGCAUUUAUUUUGUAAUAAACCUCUGCUUUAUAAAUAUGCAAAAUACGUUGGUACUUAAAAAACAUGUGGCUUUGAUGGUGAAUUGGCUCCCCAGAGAGUGUUUCUUAGGUAAGACACUGGCCCCUGUUCUGUUUCUUAAACUUCCUAUUUGCUAUGCCAUAUUGUAACCUUUGUUUAAUGCUUUCUUCUAGCUUUCUUCCAACAGAAAUAUUUGAUUUGCAAAACAAGCGUUCCUGACUAUUCACAUGAGAAAAUCAGAUAAGUUUAACCAAACUUAAGAAAAUAAAUCAGUGUGUAAGUUUGGUAGCUGCUCAGGAACUACUGUGCCCUUUUUGUUUCUGCUUUACUUGUUUGUUUCUUUCAUUCUGGUGGAGGAUCAGUUCUUCCUUCUUCCUCCACAUCACUGAAAGCAUGAUUGCAAAAACAGAAAGGAAAGGGAUAAACAAAAUGAACAAUUAUUUAAUUGAUAUAAUAAUUUUCAUUUUAAUUUUAAAAAAAGCUCCAUUCAAAUAUAGUAAGUAACCAAAAGACACAAAACGCAAAAGGAUACUGGCAUCUUUAAAAUAGCAAAAUGUGCAUUGUUUCAAGCCUGUUAUUUGAAUGAAAAGUUUCAACCCUAGAUUUUAUACCAUAUUUGCUCAUUGAUUGGCAAAAUGUAUUUUUGUUGUUAGUAAAGCAACUCGGGCAAAAAGGGACACAUAUUUUCUUCUUUGCAGAUUGUAGCACUUUCUCACAAGUAAGCUCUCUAGGCCACUGAAAAAGCAAUGGAUAUUUUGGGAAAUAUGUGAAUUUUGAAAUAACUGCUCGCUUGAGACAUGAUUUCUGAAUUUUUCUUUUUCAAAGCAUGCAAAAAGACAAGGUUUUGUAUCCAGAGAUGACACAACUACAUGGCACUUACACUGUGACAGGGAUUUGGAACAGUUGUGCCACUUUGAAAGUGUUGAGGUGUAGAGAGAGAGUCCCCCUUGCAAUGCCAUUGCAGCAGUCUAGGCACACACUCACCUCUCUGCAAAAGUGCUGUUAGCUGGUCAGCUGGGCUCUCCUUAUCUGCUUAGUGCAGAAUUAAAUAGGGCAGUGAACCACAUUGAUGAGCUUUGAUGUGAGCAACAAUCCCUGUGAUCAGAAUACUUACUAGAUUGUUGUCUAUUGUUUCUGGGAGAUUUUCACUAAGAUGGGACUUGCCUCAAGAUGAAAAUGUGCAAAGGUAGACUUACACAUUUAGAUGUCUCCUUGUGGCUGAGAUAUCUAAUCUAUGAAAUAAAGUGUUUUAGUCUGGGUAUCCAGCUGCUACCCCAAAGGACUGCAGAUCUUCUCUAAGUCUUGUGUCACAUUUUCUCUCUUCCUGUAGAUGCCUCUGAUAACCCUGAAGCAUCUUUAGUGUCACUGUCACUUCAAAGUGUCCGCUUAGACAACCAAACAGUGAUGAUAGCAUGAGCUUAGGUGUGUAACUCACUGCCACAAACAUGCAUUUAGGUGUCUUAAUCUGAAAACUAAACCCCACAUUUGUGAUACCUUCUAUGUUUUAGAGUAGGAAAUGGUAGGUUUAAAUGCAUCCAGGUUAUAGGAAGCCUGCCUGCAGGUUUAAACUAAGUCUUCAAGUACUUACUUAGUAGGUUUGACCAUGUCCAAGUUUUACCUGUCUGGCCUCCAGAGAGGAAUACCAAAACCAGAGAAAGUGCUCUUUGCUGAAUGUAGACUAUUGGAUGUCUCAAAAGAACAAUCUCAAGGUCCAAUGUGCUGAGCAUAACAUCUCAUAGACUUAAAUAGGAAGCACUGAAAAUAAUUUGGUCUGACCUGUCAUUGUUCUCUGGAGUGUUUUACAUGAUUUACCCUUGGAGUUUUAAAAUGAACAGUUCAAGGAUAUUUCUUUUGUCUUGCACAUCUCUUUUUCUGUAAAUACAUGUACUUUAGAUGUUGGCAAAAUGUUAUUCUGCAAAUGCAAAUUGUCCAGCCUUAUAAAAACAAAUGUAUAUAUAAGCACACACAGUUAAAUUAUAUAUUUAUAUGGUUGAAUUAGCAAUGUUUAUUUAUUAGUAGCCUAAUAACAGUUUAUGAUUUUAUAAUUUGUUGUUCUGCCACAUUCAUAGCUUUCUGGGUGACUGACUUUCAUGCCUGUCUCUAUCUGUUUUAAAAACAAUUUUGUGGUAGAGAAUCUCGUUUUAUGAAAAAAAUUAUGAGACGAAGAAAAUAAAUCUUUAUUCUGUUGCUGCUC